AAAUCGAACCCACUUUUUGCUUUUUCUCCUCUAAUCUCCGUCUAUAUAUAUAUAGACCCACAUCCGUAUUCUCAUUUUGGCCCCUUUCCCCGGAUUAAUCUUGGUCACACACCCGAAAAUUCAAAAGGGUGAAGAUGGGGAGAGGCAGAGUUCAGUUGAAGAGGAUAGAGAACAAGAUCAACAGACAGGUGACUUUUUCUAAGAGAAGGUCUGGUUUGCUCAAGAAAGCACAUGAGAUCUCUGUUCUCUGUGAUGCUGAGGUUGCUUUGAUCGUCUUCUCCACCAAAGGGAAGCUCUUUGAAUAUUCUACAGAUUCCUGCAUGGAGAGAAUACUUGAACGGUACGAGAGAUACUCAUACACAGAUCAGAGGCAGACUGUCACAAAUGAAAUUGGACCAAACGGAAACUGGAAUCUGCAGUAUGCAAAGCUGAAGGCUAGAAUUGAAGUGUUGCAGAGAAAUGAAAGGCAUUUUCUGGGAGAGGAUCUUGAUUCUUUGAGUCUGAAAGAGCUUCAAAGUUUGGAGCAUCAGCUUGAUUCUGCACUUAAACAUGUCAGGUCAAGGAAGAACCAACUCAUGCUUGAGUCCAUUUCAGAGCUUCAGAAAAGGGACAAAGCAUUGCAAGAGCAAAAUAAUGCGCUUGCUAAAAAGGUAAAGGAAUGGGAAAAGGAAUUGGCUCAACAGGCACAAAUAACAUGGGAGCCCCAUGCUCCUGCUUUACAUCCAUCCUCUAAUAUUAGGAGUUAUCCGCCGAUGAGUAAUGGAGAAGACGAAGAAGGUAAUGUAGCUCAACAGAGAGCCACAGGAAGUACACUGCUGCCUCCUUGGAUGCUUGGCCAGAUUAAUGAAUAAACCAGUGACGACUCAGUGCAGAUAUAUAUACAUAUGUAUAUAUAUAUUGCAGUUUCAUUCAAUGCAUAGAGAUACAUACUAUAUAUAUAUACGUAGCAACUGAAGGAUGGUGUUGUAUAAUCUGUGGGUUACUUUUCACAUGCACUUACUCUUCAUUAGUAUCAGAAAAAGAAAAAGAAAGAGAAAAAAUGAAAAUGAAAAUUUCAAUGCAUGUAGUUAUGGUAAAUAUUGACAGAGACAAUAAUGAGAAAUAAGAUGAAUGUUUAAGACAUUUUAUGAAAA